UCAGAGGGCGUCGCAGCUGGCGGUUACAGGCGCGUCAAGAGAGCCACCACUGUCGCUGAAAUAUUCGAGAGUGUAAGACCUCAGGGCGGAACACCAACAGGUAUCAGAGUUCACAAUAUCCUAAAGCCAUACUUGGCGAAGUUGGAGAAUGAAAUGGCGCAGGGCAGGGAGCUCAAGCCUUUGAACCUUAUCGUUCUCACACACGGUGUUCCUUCAGAUGACGUCGAGUCAGUACUAAUAUCUGCAGCGAAGAAGCUGGACAAGCUCGACGCACCUCCUUUCCAAGUCGGCGUUCAGUUUUUCCAGGUGGGCAACGAAGAAGGUGCUAAGGAGGCACUCGGGGAGCUCGACGACGGACUUAGCGAGAAGGUUGAAGGUGGUGUUAGAGACAUUGUCGACACUGUUACCUGGACUGGCGGAAGAAGCUCCAGUGAGUGUGGCAUCGGCUUGACGGGCGAGGGGAUUCUUAAUGCUGUGCUCGGGGCCGUGGUAAAGAGACUCGAUCGCAGACCAGCAAGUGGAGAGGUUAGGAGAAGAUAG